AUGUCCAACGACGAAAACGAGCGCGAGCUCACCCGCCUCUGGCGCAUAACCCGCACAGUGAAAACCAUGUGCCUCGACCGCGGCUACGAGCUCACUGAAGACGAAUGCGCCAUCCCCCUCUCCCAGUUCCGCGACCUCGUCACCGACGACACCGGCACCCCGCAACGCACAAAAAUGGCCUUCACCGCGCGCCCAUCCGCCGAAAUGCUCGCGCGCUACACCCCGUUACCAAAACCGGGCAGCGUCGCGACGCCGGAGCCGCAGAUCGGCACGAUACAUGUGGAGUUCAACCCGAACACGUCGGUGGGGAUAAAGGACCUGAAGCAGUUCGCGCAGCUAUUGCAGGAGAAGAACUACUACACCGGCAUCUUCAUCACGCAAGCCGCGCCGACGAGCUCCGCGUUGAAGAUUAUUCCGAGUCUGCUGCCGAUUCAGAUGGAGAUUUUCAAAGAGGAGGAUCUGCUGGUGAAUAUUUCGCGACAUGAGCUUGUGCCGAAGCAUUUGCUUCUGAGUCCCGAGGAGAAGAAGGGGUUGCUGGAAAGGUAUCGGUUGAAGGAGACGCAGUUGCCGCGGAUACGGGUCGAUGAUCCGAUGGCGAGGUAUUUGGGGUUGAGGAGGGGGCAGGUGGUGAAGAUUAUAAGGAAGAGUGAGACGGCGGGGCGGUACGCGAGUUAUCGGUGGGUGAUAUGA